GGCGGGACCUGUGAGCGGAAGCAGUUCCUAAUCGCUUUAAAAAUCUAAUAUAACUUCGUCAAAUUCAAAAAAAGCUAACACAUUCCUAUGUGUAUCGCUUCAUAAAGGAUUUCUGCGUCGUUAAAAUGCAACCGCGAUAAACGGAAAGUUCGGUUUACCUCUUAAAAACGUUGCUUCGGUUCGAUGACCGUUAGAAACCAACGAAGGCACGGAAAAAACACGACGAAACGGGCGCUAAGCUUCAUUCUGGGGUCGUUUUUAGUCGUUAUACAUCAAAAUAAAGCCAGAGCAACCGAUUUUACCCACUCGUUACUGUCCAUUUGCAAAAAAUCACAGUUCAGAUUUGAACAUUUAGCGCGUUUGUGUUAACCGGGAACGGGCAUGCGCACUGGCGCCGACAGGCAGAUGCGGAUAUAAGGAUUGGCGCCGGCGCCACAGCUGAUGCAUUCAUUCAUUCUUCGCUGAGGAGGAGAGCCAUAAGAAUAAAUCAGCACCAUGUCUAGACGCAGUGGUCGCCUCACGCUUCAAACCAGGAAUUCAAAUGCAGCUGAACCCGCAGUCCGAGAACCACUAAAGAAAAGAAAGUCUGAGCCAAAGAAGAAGCUUCAACCUGCAGCCAAGAAACAGAACUAUGAAAUACAGACGUGUUGGUCGGAGGAUGGCCCCAGUCCGUGCAUUCUCAUUGAAACUCCCCAUAAGGAGCUGGAACCCUCAGACCCAUCAAGCUUCAAGCAGUACCAGUUCAAGAACCUUUUCAUCAAGGCCUCCCCCAUCCCUUGCCUCAGCUGGGCGAGUUCAGAUGACGUUUGGAUUAAAAUGCUCAACAAGGAGCUGAAGUACGUUCAUGAUAAGAGCUACUUGCAGCGGCAUCCCAAACUGCAGCCCAAGAUGAGGGCGAUCUUGUUGGACUGGCUGCUGGAGGUGAGUGAGGUGUAUAACCUCCACAGACAGACAGCAUACCUGGCCCAGGACUACUUUGACCGCUUCAUGCUGACUGAGGAGAACGUAGACAAAGAUCACCUGCAGCUCAUUGGAAUCACAGCCCUCUUCAUCGCCUCCAAGACAGAAGAAAUUUAUCCUCCUAAAAUCUACGAGUUUGCGUACGUCACAGAUGGAGCGUGUAACAUGUGGGACAUCCAGCGCACAGAGCUUCGCAUAUUAAAGGCGUUGGACUGGAACUUGUGUCCAGAGACUCCCAUCUCCUGGCUCAAGCUGUACGUUCAGGUGGAAGCCCAGAAGGAUGGAGAGAACUUCCUGGAGCCGCAGUUUUCUCAGGAGACUUACAUCCAGAUAACACAGCUGUUAGAUUUGUGCAUGAUGGACAUCAGUUCGUUGGACUACAGCUACAGCAUUCUUGCUGCUGCUGCUUUCUGUCACUUCUCUACGUUUGACGUUGUUCAUAAAGUCUCAGGCCUGACCUGGGAGAGCGUGUUUCCCUGUUAUCAGUGGAUGAGUCCCUUCAUGGACACGCUGCGUUCUGAAGCCAAACCGCAGCUGAAAACCUUCCCCAAAGUCAAAACCGACGACAGACACAACAUCCAGACACAUGUGGCCUAUCUGGACCUGCUGAGAAAUGUUCAGGAGCGUCAAAUCGACAGCCCCGACUGUCAGCUGUCGCCUGUUGCCAUGGGGAAGAUUCUGACCCCGCCCAGCAGCACAGAAAAGUCGACCAAUCCCUGAGCUGGACCCCAUCAGCAGAACCCACUACCUCUCUUCAGGACAACUUAACGCCACAGUUGAGUCGUUGUAGCGACGCGUGACGUGGAGAACAAAGGUUUUUAUGUUUGGUUGUUUUAACACUAAGCUCUGACUUCUGGCAGCCAAGAAACUGAUCUGUUUCUUAAUCAGUUUCAGAUUGAUCAGUUUAAUCAAUCACCAGAUUGAUUAAAUCAGUGUUUCCCGACCCUGGUCCUCAAGGCACACUUCAGUCCAGCUGAUUUAAAUCGAUGACUGAUUAUCAGGUGUUUGUUGAACUGCAAUCAGCUGAAUCAGGCACAUUAAAGCAGGGAAACUUCUAUAACAUGUAGGACGGUGUGCCUUGAGGACCAGGGUUGGGAAACACUGGACUAAAUCAUCAGUCUGAUUACAGAUUGAUUUAAUCUGUGAUCAUUUUGCUACAACAGUUUCCACCCAACUGGUCUUUCCUCCAUGUGAGCCGUCACCUGGGAGUUUCACUGGUGCUGAUCUUAAACUUGAAGCUUUGAGGCUUUCUGAUGGUGCUUCAUUUGAUUCUCAGGACAUGAGAAAAACCUGCUUUUGUUCUUGCAUAUGACAGUCAUUCCAUUUUAAACAGGUACAAUUAGACAUGUGCUGCCUGUAUGUCUUUUUUUUUUUUUUUUUUUUUUUAUUUUAGGUCUGAAAGUAAAUCUGUCCUGUAUGGAGGAUUGUCACCUUUAGAACAAACCGCUUGAUUUUUGAUGCCAGAAGCAUUUCAUAACGACCAGAAUUAUUAUUUUUUACCUAUUUAGGUGUUUAAUGCACCUGACGUGCUUGUGGCAAAUUUUUUAAAAACAUUUUGUAUAUUUGUUGCAAUCUGGUUGCAACCUUUUGUUACGUUCCUGGAAAACUUGACAUUUGUGUAAAUCUUUUUUUUUUUUUUUUUUUUUUUUCAUUUUAAGUGCUUGUAUUUAUUAAUAAGCCUUCGUAAGUAAAGGAAAAAUGUUCAUAUGUGAAAUCUUUUAUUGAUUAAACUUAGUCUGGUCACUCAGUGCCAAAGGCAAAAAGGUAUUUAUGACUUUUUCUCCAUAACAUCUGUUCAUUUGAGGUUCAGCAUUAAAUGUUGUACAUAAGGAUGUCUUUUAGUGCCUUUUUUAUAUAACUGGAACGGGGGAGAAAAAUUCUGUACAUGAACUUAAUUUAAAACUGAGUGAGCCAAAAAGUGGAAAUCCAUCAAACCUGUGACUAAACCUCCGCAGUGAACACAAACCAUGUGAACUGUGUAUGAAUGUUAAAGAAUGUUUUUGUACAUAAAGCAAUUUAAACAGAGAAAAUUGUAAUUUCUUUUUUGUAUGGUUUUAAAUAAAUGUUUAAAGUGCUUUUGGUCUUUGUUUUUUAGAGAAGGAAGUAAAAUGCCUGAAUGAUUCUUUGGGUGUCAAAAUGGAGGCAGUUUCAAAACAGAGAAAGAUAAAUGAA